GUGCUGCCGGGCGGGCCUCGCUCCUGCCCUCCCUCCUGCCCUCCGUCCUGCCCUCGCUCCUGCCCUCCCUCCUGCCCUUCUCCCUGCCCGCAUCAUGGACGAGCAGAAGGAGACUCUGCAAAGGAUUGUGUCUACUCUAGCAAACAAAAAUGAUGAAAUUCACAACUUCAUUGAUAUGCUGAAUCAUACAAUAAAAAAUGUUCAGGUAAACUCUUCUAAUGCAAUCAGUGAGUUGGAUGAAGAAUUUGAUGGUCUGUAUUCCAUAUUGGAUGAGAUGAAGGGGAGUAUGACCAACACUAUUCAGCAAGAAGAGGCCCGUAAAAUUCAAGCCCUGCAGGAUCAGCUAAGCCAGUGUAGUAAUGCCUUAGAGAGUUCUGAAGAGCUGCUGGAACUUGCUGCACAGUCACUGGACAUAAAGGACCCUAUGGAAUUCUUAAAGGCUGCCAGACAGAUCAAAGAUAGAGUCACAAUGGCUUCAGCGUUCCGCAUCUCUCUGAAACCAAAGGUCAGUGAUAGCAUGACUCAUUUGAUGGUGGACUUCACUCUGGAAAGGCGCAUGCUCCAGGCUGUAAAGUUUUUGCCAGUCCCUAAAGCUCCAGAGAUAGAUCUAGCAGCAUGUUUGGUUGCUGACAACUGCAUAACGGUGUCGUGGAGAAUGCCUGAAGAAGACAGCAGAAUUGAUCAUUUUGUACUGGAGUACAGGAAAACCAACUUCGAUGGGCUUCCUCGAGUAAAAGAUGAACAGCGCUGGGAGCUGAUAGACUAUAUUAAAGCUACUGAAUAUACAUUAUCUGGUCUGAAAUUUGAUACAAAAUACAUGAACCUUAGAGUACAAGCUUGCAACAAAGCUGUGGCAGGGGAAUACUCUGAUCCUGUAACUCUGGAAACCAAAGCAUUUGUGUUCAGUUUGGACAGUACUUCAUCUCAUCUGAACUUAAAAGUUGAAGAUAACUAUGUUGAAUGGGAUCCUACUGGAGGCAAAGGCCAAGAAAAAAUAAAAGGGAAGGAAAAUAAAAGCAGUGGCCAGAAUCCUCUGCUGAAGAGCAAUAGAAGAAGUGGUGCACCAUCUCCAAAGAGGACAUCAGUUGGCACAAGAUCCCCAGCGAGGAGCAGCAGAGAUCAUUUUACUGGUGAAUCAUACACAGUGUUGGGAGACACUGCUUUUGAAAGUGGACAGCAUUACUGGGAGGUGAAAGCCCAGAAGGACUGCAAAUCCUACAGCGUGGGAGUAACAUAUAAAAACCUGGGGAAAUUUGACCAGCUAGGAAAGACUAAUUCAAGCUGGUGCAUCCAUAUCAACAACUGGCUGCAAACAACAUUUUCAGCAAAACAUAAUAAUAGAACCAAGACUCUAGAUUUACCUGUUCCAGACAGAAUAGGAGUAUACUGCGACUUUGACGGAGGUCAGCUCGCAUUCUAUAAUGCUAACUCGAAGGAGCUGUUACACACUUUCAGAACAAAGUUUACCCAGCCAUUAUUACCAGGCUUCAUGAUUUGGUGUGGUGGGCUUACAGUGAGUACUGGAUUGCAGGUGCCAAGUGCUGUGAAAACUCUCCAGAAAAGUGAAAAUGGAUUGAGUGCUUCAACAAGUAGCCUAAACAAUAUUGCCUAGUAAUGUCUGUUAAAUAUUUCUAUUGCUGAAUGGGUUGGUUUUUUUUCUGUGUAGCUGCUACUCACAGAAGCUUGUGAGCAUUGGAUUAAACUGCUACCUACUGCUAUUUAAGACCUGGGUACUGAUAAUGCAAAGGUUUGGGGCUAAAAUGCUAGAAACCUACUGUGAAUCCAGACAGGAGUGUCAGACAGAAAACUGAACUAACUGUUGCCUAUUUGGAAAAAAAGUGGAGAAAUCAUGACCUGUAACUAUGUACUUUUCUAAUACUGUAUUUAAGUGUUUUGUUAUGGAAUUGAAUAUUAAUUUUGGUAUUGAUAUUAUUUUUCUAUGAAGACUAUAACAAAUGCCAUUUUCUUAGCUCUCUGAACAUUAAUGACUUGACUAUUUAUUUUAUUAUUAGUGGGCUUCCCUUUAGAACUUGGGAUAUCAAACCUGUAUUUUGAAAUAAUACUAAUUUGGUAGCCUGGCCUGGCAAAAUGUCACAGCAGUAUAAUUUCAAAAGAAUACUAGAAGAAUUUGGAGGCCUGAUACGAAGAAACAGUAAGAGCAGUUUGUGAUUUUCCUUUAAUACAAAAUAAUUCUAUUUCGCAUGAGUAACUCUUUCAGAUAUAUUUAGAGUUUUGCUCCUAUUUAUCACAAAUUACAGAAAACGUAAAAAUUUAAAGUAUUUCAAAACAUUCUUAUGUCCUCAUUGAAAGUUGCAUUAUGAUAGCCAGCCAUUGAGGUAGGAAGUAUUUCAGGUCGGAGGUUCAGAAGCAGACAUCCAAAGCUUUUUAAAAACCACAGCAUGGUAUUGCUCACUCAGAAGCUCCUAAUUUUUGGUCAUCUCUUGCCUUUCCAUUUUUGUGGCAUUACUCUGGUUGGAUUGUCAUAAUCAACAAUUCAUGUUGUUCAUCAAAUGCAACUGAUCACUGAAUCUUUCUCUGCUGAUAGCAAAGCUGCAAUGCAGCCAAAGGUAGGAACCAGGGUGUCAGAACUUUGGUUUAAAUCCUUCUCCUUAAAGAAGAGGGCAUGGGCAGGAUGUAGAAGAUCUUACAGCUUUUCUUUCCAGCCAGCUUCAAGGCAGGCUAAGACUUCUCAAGCAGCCAUGUCAGUAUCAAAGCUGUCAUUGAGCAGAAGCAGCCCUAGAUUCCUGGUGAUAAGGCAGUACACUCUGAGCCCAGGCACACAUUUAUGCUACCUGUUUUGACUAGCCUAGUGAGCAUUCCUGGAAGUUUCUGGAUAAGCAGGGAAGUCCAAAAAAGUGCAUUAUUUCUUUAUCCAGCAGAAAUGUGGCUUUUAUAUAUAGCAUCCCACUCUUAACUUGCUAGCUUGAACUAUAUGCCAUGUAUAGGUUGUUAUGAGUCUGACUUCCAGAGGUUCAUACUCUAAAGAAUCUCUUUAUAGCCUCCAAUUUAACACCUUCCCAUUCUGUAAGGGCAACGAAAAAUUAAAAGAUGAACAAAUGCUUUGACAGCUAACAUACAGUCUGCUUCUGGAUCUCUGGUGAUAUAUUUUCAUUCACAUAUCAAAUGAAAUGUUGAGCCUGGAUGUUCCAUCAUCUCAGCUCCUAGUUUGGAAGCUUAGUAACAAUAGUUAAAUAAUUCAAAUGAUGGGAGAGCUAAAAAAACCCCACAACUUGUUAUAUUCUUCGUGGAAAAUCCGACUUUUAAAUGAGAAUUACCUGUGUAUUACAGACUGUUUAAAUCUACUAUCUUCCCUUAAAUCAAGUCCAGGAGACUAGAAAUAAUUUUCAGAUACACACUUGAAUCAACUGUUUCAUAACUGAAGAUUUUUUCAUAAUCUCACCUGAAAACUGUUUCAAAUUCAUGCUGGUAAGGUCCAUAAUGAAUUGGCUCCUUUCCUACAGGGCCAAAGUACUUUCUCUUCUGUGUAUCUCUUAGUCCAUAAAACAUGAGCAUCUAAUAAUCUAAUACUUUGUUAGUAUCAGUGGGUUCUUUCUGUCCAUCAGGAUUUCUCAAGAGGAGGAGAAAUUCCUUGAAACAACUCGUAAUAAACUGGUUAUGAUGUUCAGUGGAAAACUUAAAUUUUGUUCUUAAUUUUAAUACCUGAUCUGGAAAGAUUUGUUCCGCUUGAGAAAUCAAGUUGACAGGACCCUUGAGCUGUUAAGUGUUCAUUUCAUAUCUGGAACUUGAGCAUCUCUAAAUAUUUUCAUUGUGAAUAAAGUUAAUUGUAAUCUCUUUUGCAGAGGAAAGUGCAAAACAAUUCCCUGUUUAACUGUACCUUCCUCUGCCAUUUUAGUGUUUUGGGUCUUGAAAUUAUGGUACUGGAGGGUUGGUUCUUAAAUGUUAACAGCGUCCUGAAUCUGUUUCACACUUUAUGUACAGAUGAUGUUGUUAUCCAGAUAGCCUGUGUAGUAAUCUUAAAUAUUUCUUCCUCCUUUAUUUCCUUUUUACUGCAAUGAACACCUGACUGUCAGUUCUAGGGGCUCAGCUGCUGUGAAUUCAGUGGUAUGUGAGGGAGUGAGACUUGAAGGCUUGGACCCUGGUGGUGUUUAGAGAAAGGAAGAUUAUGACAGAUGCUUCUUGUUUUGAGACUCGUUCUGCUGAAUGACUCUGGUAAACAGACAUUGAAAUAGUCUAGUACCUGUUGACGCUGCCCAGUCACUGGCUUGAUCUUGGGUGUUCAGUUACAGUUCCUAUUUAGGCUUUCCUUUUUGGAAAUAAAGGGAAUGUUUACAAGAAUUUAAUGUGUAAUGACAACAAACCAUGAGUAAUCUCCAACCCUACAUAAGAGCAUAUAAAUUAUUAAGUUCUUUUUUGAGGAAGUUGUAGUGCAACCUGCAAGGUAAAUUUGAUAUGCACAAUGUAAAAAUGUAAUUUUUCUUGGACAGUUAUAAGAAGGCUUAAGUAUUUCAUACUGUGACUUGUGACUCGCAAGUUUUAAAUGUAAUUUUUCUUGGACAGUUAUAAGAAGGCUUAAGUAUUUCAUACUGUGACUUGUGACUCACAAGUUUUAGUUUAACGGAUGUCCUAGAUGAACUUAAUGUGAAUUUUUACCCUUAAAAGAUGAGUUUGUAAUAUAAUAGUUUGCACAGAUGUCAAAUUUUUGCUGCUAACAGCUAGUCCAAUUGUUUUUAGUAAAUGGGGAUAUGAAGAAUUGCCUUAAGCACUUUAGAUUAUUUUUUUUUUAGAGUCUUUUUUUCUGAGCUAGUGUCUGUCCUUACCAAUAUAUUGGUGAUACUUCAUUGCAGUUGGCCCACUGUUUGUACUUGCAGCUAGGGAGGGAUGCAUGCAGCCUAUGAAGUUACUUUUUUCCUAGGGAGUCCACUUCAGGGUCCGGAGGCAUUGUUCUUUGGCAGGGGAGUAGACCUUUUGAAGGUCUGUAGUUUUGCCCAGCAGUUAAUGCUAAGUAUAGUAUGCCUGGUGACUUUAAUACUCCUUGAGCCUCUCUCCCCUGGAGUUGAUGCUCUUUGGUGGCUCGACAGGAGUUUUCUUCUGUAUGACCAAAAUGAGAUUGAAUUUAAAAGAAAACCAAACAUUGGUUACUGGUAGUAUUUCAAAGUCAAAAUAACUUCAGAAUAAGGAAUGAGGAACUGAAGGUUUCCUUUGAAUUUCUAAUAGAUCAGAAAACUGUAGCUUUCAUUGUUUUCAUGGAGAGAUGUGUGAACUGCAGGAGGGGAUGUUAAUUUCAGAAGGGAUGAUUUAAAAUCAUCCCAGUGAUAGGUGCUUCUCCACAUACCAAACAUGGAUGGCAGAGGUUGACAGGAUUAUUUCUUUAGCCAUCCUCUAAGCAAAAAAAAAGUAGAGGCUAAUGUGCAAAUCCUCUUUCCUCCCCCCUGCAGUCUCCCACGCUGCCGCUGUUUUGUAUUAAGACUGGAGAAACUAACCGGUUCCGUCAGGAAGAGCAUCUAACUUAGCAAUAUUUUAGUCCGAUAACAGGUUAUAAACGUGACACUUUGACAGACACUUGUUCAUCAUUGCCACCCAGCCUCCCUGGAACUCUUAACAGUCUGGAUGCCCUGCUAGAGGGGGAAGCCUGGGUGUGGUUUUCCCUUCUGCCGAGCCGGGCUGAUCCUCCAUCGCCUGGUGACCCCGCAGCAAGGCCGGUGCGGGGUCUGCCCAGGCACUGCCUGCCCGUACCUCAGGUAUCGUCUGCCAGCUUCCCCCCUCGCCCCCCGGAGAGCACCCCGAGGCAGGAGGCGGCCUCUCGCUGCCCACAGCUCGGAGCCGCCUGGGAAACCGCCGAGUAUUUCCAUGUCUUUGACUUGUGUGUGAUGCAAGCUUUUUGUAUUAAUACAGAAGUUUGAAAUCUGA